UUCAUCUUUCAAGGACAUUCGACUUAUCAUUAGAAGAUUGCGGCUUCGACACGAUAUCAUUUCAUAACAAGGAAACCAAGAAAAUCAAAGUAAAUUGACAAAGCUAUACUGGAGAUCGCCUAAUCAACUGAAUUGUUCUUUAAGUCGUUUGCAAAGUUUCGUUGUUUUGUAAAAAAAUAUCUUUAACUGACAAAACGUUGCGAUGAAGGACAUUAUACUCGCUUUAGUUACAAGGGCUUUAUUCGCUGCUCAUGGCUUGAUAGCGAUAUGGCGGGCACAGACCGAGUGGAAUCAAGUUACUUUGUGGUUGCUGCUUAUACCUAUAGCAGCUUUGGUCCUUGAAGCUUUGUUCACUGUUGGUGUGAGGGGUGGCGAGGAAUAUAAAUGGAUCAGCCCAUGUGUUCUGCUUUACUUAUGUGGAGUGGUGCCUUCUAUUUGGUUCCUAGAACUAAAGAACUUGGACGUAAGGGGGGGAUACCAUUACUGCAAUGACCGCUUCUGGGGAAAAUUGAAAGAGCCGGGUUGUAUCGUUGCCUUCGAGAACGCUGCGUACGUUAACGUUACUGACAUCUACAAGAACGCUACCAUUGUAAAAGCUGCCUGUGCCGCUGAAGCAUUGUAUUUAGAACAAAAAUCUGCUAUCGAAAAAAACCUAUCGCUCUACACGACUAUUUCCCCUACAACGACAACCGAAGACAAUCAACUAUCAACAGUUGUGGGUGGAGAUUCUGACGUUGGCGGUAAAGUAGUGGGCACGAUAGAAGACGCGAAAAAAGCAAUUGAUCAACUGUUAAGUGGAGUCAACAUAUUCGAUCGAACAACUUGGGUUCUUGUAUUACAUCAACUUCUACUGUUCAUUCUAAUUAUCGGUAGAGCAUUACUACCCACUGGGGAAGGAAUAUCUCGAGACGAGUUGUCACAAUUGCUCCUUGUGUUUAUUGGAGUUGGUGCUGAUAUCUUGGAAUUUGUCACCGAAACUGUGAAGGAAGUAGCAGUGAGGUGCGACCGUCUGCUUAUCAUAUUUAUCAUGGGAUUUUGGUCGUGGAGCACAUUGCAAUUCACCUUCGUUCUAACGGCCGCAAAAGCUCGCCGCACAAGGGCGGUAGGGAUCUACGAUGGAGAAAGUGGGAUGAACUCGCCCGUGGUUGUUGUGGAGGAAUCAGAGAGUGAAAAGAGUGCUUUUAGAAAGUUUUUUGGCAACAUUGAAGUUUGGGGCAUCUUGUCCACGUUGAUCCUCCAGGAUGGUCCGUUCCUCGCCAUGCGUCUUUACAUCAUGAUAGGACGCAAGGUUGUGCACCAGAUGAUCGUGUUCUUUACAUGCAAGAACUGCUUGGUGGUGCUGCUACAGGUGUACAGACUCUCAAUCAUCGCCUUCGCGAAACCGGAAGAUGAAGAGGAGGAAGACGCGGAGGCGGAAUAUGCAAGAGGAAAGAUCGACCAAAUCAAAACACUCGCAUUGGCGAAAGGAAAAUUCAAGGCGGGCCUUAAAAAUCGCGCAUCUGCUGCUGGAGCUGCAGGUACAAGUUCUGGGAAAAAGUCACCCAUACCUGUCAGUAAAGUUUCUCCAAAAGUAGAAGUUACUUUGCCGAUUUAACUGCAAGACAGUUUAAGGUUUCUUAUAUCCUUGGUUUUGUUAAAAAGGGCGCCAUGUUGCCUAAGACGAUUUCACUUUUACUGUGAGCGCGACGAACGGUGUACAUAGCUUAACACCUGUUGAUUUUAUUUGCACACUUGAACUACGUCAACAUAUCGUGUCCUAUUUCAAAAUGGCGUCAACCUAUAUGAGUUGAUGAACAUUUUUUAUCUACAGUUCCUCGUCAAAAUAAUUUACCGUUAAAACACUUUCUGCAAUCGGCACACAUGCAUAUCGUUACACAGCAGGCUCUGCAUUUUUUCGAUUUCAACCGAAUUAACACUAUUUCUGAAGCAGGCCGCAAAUAAAUCUACGAUAAUUCACAUACAAAAAUACUGUAGGCUGCUACAAUAUACAACGCACUAAACUACACUCGAUAAGUAUACCCAAUAUUAUACGUUGGGGUAAGAUGGUUCAUGUUUUCAUUCUCUUUUUUCGCCCCAUUUGGUUGUACAAGACUAUAUCUACAAAAUCAAAUAAACGACCUAAAAAGAACGGUGAUAAUUCCUAAAAAAACACAAUUAAGAAAUAUGAGAUAUCAUGAUAAUCAUGUACUAAAGGUAUAAGUUGUCCACAUCUAUACUAUGUAUCCUUCUACGAAACCUCUAAGAUUCUCAAGGUUAAAAUAAGCAUGAACGUGUUUUAUUUUUUUGUACAUAUUGCACUAUAGUAUUUAUUGCACCUAUUAGUUUAUAAAUGUACGAUAGACUAAAUAUCGUGUCAGUUAUAAAUCCUCGUUUUAAAAUAAACUGCAAAUCAAAACAAAUAUAGUUUUUUAAAUAGCAUGGCGCUGUCCCCUUUGAAGACGUAUCUGCCUUUGGGCAGGACACGGAAAUAGCUCCAACAAAGUUGUCACUAAUGGGAUAGCCAAAAACAACAAUCGCCAAAGUUUUAUAUAUGGUAACUCAUACGCGGGCACGACGAGGUGUACAAAAUAUGACACUCGUGUCAUAUCUAAGCGAAAUAUUUUGAUUGCAACAUCUAAUUGCUGCAAAUCCGACAAGAAUGUCUAUGUUUAUGUAAUUUAUAAAUAAAGUUCUAAUUCUUUUGCCGAAGCGUUUUAAAUUUCAUGUUAAACACUCGAGCUGUAUGACUAUUGUCAUUACACAAUACCGGCACGUGCACUGUACCGCCCUUCUCGAUUGUAGUAGUACCAUUCCCCUAUUGUCUCAUAUACACUCGAAUCUCCUCGUGGGAGAUAUAGGCUCGUCGGCGUGUGGGUAUCCGUUUCAUUAUGACCUUGAUUACUCAACAACUCGUUUAUGUCUGAUGUAUACAUGUACACUAUACUGUCAUAUAUACAUAUGCUGUAAGGUUGAGCACCGUCAGAGUUUGCACGAUUUUGUGUUCUACUGUUCUUUUUACUUUAACGCGUUUCUAGCGAAUUUUGUCUUAUAAUGGUUCGAUCUCCCAGAAAAUUUGCAGGUGUAUUUGACUUAUUUUUACUGAAGCGUCCGCAGUUAAAUAGCAAUAAAUGACAUUAU